UCAGGCUCCAACAACUCAAACCUCAAACAACUACAACUACUACUACUACUACUACUACCAAUCCUACUCCUGCUACAACAACAUCCGAUACCUUCUACAACACCAUCAGACACACCAAGUAGACAGACAAACUUGAACAAUGCGUCGAAGCACUACUCAGUCGGAGAUCCCUCUCCCUAUCACCUACACUCCAACUACGCAUCGCAUCAGCAAAGCGAAGAAGGGAAAGCGUGUGCAUGCUUGCGAAUACCCAGGCUGCAACAAGACUUGGAAACAAGCUGACCCUUCAAUUCAGGUCUUCACCAGAGCCGAGCACCGAAGACGCCAUGAGCUGAACCACAACCCUGAAGCCCUAUUCCGCUGUACCCACAGCCACUGCAAAAAGGCAUUCCACCGCCCUGACCUUCUCGCCCGCCACAUGGAAAGACACGAAUUGGAAGCACAGAUGGACAGGACUGCCCAAUGGCACCAGCAGAGCCGGACUCCCAUCAUCUCUGAGCCUUAUGUCCCUGCCACCACGUCUAUGCCUUCAACUCAAACACCCUACCUGGCUGUCACCCAACCGCACAAUGCCAUGUCGGUUGGUGCCCUCGUGGCGCCUGCCAUCCACCCAGACCUCUCCAAUGACUGCGGCUUGAUGUGGAAUAGUGUCGAAAUUACAUCUGGACACCAGACUCCUUUGUACCAAGGCCCCCAUCAGAUUCACGAGUCCGUAGAAGACAGUCGGUACUACGCUACCCCGGAAACGUGCCCGUCUCCUCUCUCGGAUGGCACUUCCCUUUCAGUGCACUCUCACUCCCGUUCGUCUGUCGUCUCCACACCGGUUACGGUCGCUGAACCGUAUCCCGAGAGCCUCAUGGAACCCGACCUGACUUCCUCGCCAAUGUCCAUGCAGUCGAAUAUGCGCUGCUGGGAACAGCCAGACACCAGCCUCCCGUCCCUAAGCAUGAUGCCCCUUCCUCUCACCGAAAGCCUCCUUCAUCCGUCUAUCCACUGCCCCUAUCCAUCGCCCAGCUGGUCAGCGAGCCCAAGCCUGACCUACGAGGAACACGUCCUCCCUCCCGCCUCUUACCCACCCGCAAUGAACUGGAAGUCAUGGGCGAUAUGAGCAACAACAAAGCCAACAGGCGGUGAUAAUUUUCAUCUAUCCACCAC